AUGAACAACUCCAUCCUGCUGGAAGAACAGCUCAUCAAGAAAUCCCAACAAAAAAGAAGAACGUCUCCCUCCAACUUUAAAGUCCGCUUCUUUGUCUUAACCAAAACCAGCCUGGCAUACUUUGAGGACCGCCAUGGGAAAAAACGCACCCUCAAGGGCUCCAUUGAACUUUCCCGAAUCAAAUGCGUGGAGAUUGUGAAAAGUGACAUCAGCAUCCCUUGCCACUAUAAAUACCCCUUCCAGGUUGUACACGACAACUACCUCCUGUACGUGUUUGCUCCAGACCGUGAGAGCCGGCAGCGCUGGGUGCUGACCCUCAAAGAAGAAACUAGGAAUAACAACAGCCUGGCACCCAAGUACCACCCUAAUUUCUGGCUAGAUGGGAGAUGGAGAUGCUGUGCGCAGGUUGAGAAGUUGGCAGUUGGCUGUACCCAGUACGACCCAUCCAAAAACGCUUCAAAGAAGCCUCUUCCUCCUACUCCUGAAGACAACCGGGUGAGUGAGCGAUCAGUUCGGGAAACUGAGGAAACCCUGGUCAUUGCUUUGUAUGACUACCAAACCAAUGAUCCCCAGGAACUCACGCUACGGCGGGAUGAGGAGUACUAUUUGCUGGACAGCUCUGAGAUCCACUGGUGGAGAGUUCAGGACAGGAAUGGGCAUGAAGGCUAUGUACCAAGCAGUUACCUAGUCGAGAAGUCUGCAAACAGUCUGGAAACCUUCGAGUGGUAUAAUAAGAAUAUCAGCCGAGACAAAGCCGAGAAACUUCUUUUGGACACAGGCAAAGAAGGAGCCUUUAUGGUGCGAGAUUCCAGGACUCCAGGAACAUACACAGUGUCUGUGUUUACCAAGGCCAUUGUGGGUGAGAACAGCCCCUGUAUCAAGCACUAUCACAUUAAAGAAACCAACGACAACCCCAAGCGGUACUAUGUGGCUGAGAAGUACGUGUUCGACUCCAUUCCUCUCCUCAUCAACUAUCACCAACACAAUGGAGGAGGCCUGGUCACUCGGCUCCGGCAUCCAGUUUGCUCCUGGAGGCAGAAGGCCCCAGUCACAGCAGGACUGCGAUAUGGGAAGUGGGAGAUCCACCCCUCAGAGCUCACUUUUGUGCAGGAGAUUGGCAGUGGGCAGUUCGGCUUGGUGCACCUGGGUUACUGGCUGAACAGAGACAAGGUGGCCAUCAAAACCAUUCAGGAAGGGGCUAUGUCAGAAGACGACUUCGUCGAGGAGGCUGAAGUCAUGAUGAAACUCUCUCACCCCAAACUGGUACAGCUGUAUGGGGUGUGCCUAGAGCAGGCUCCCAUCUGCCUGGUGUUUGAGUUCAUGGAGCACGGCUGUCUGUCAGAUUACCUGCGCAACCAGAGGGGGCUCUUCACAGCCGAGACGCUCCUGGGCAUGUGCCUGGAUGUAUGUGAGGGCAUGGCCUACCUGGAGGAGGCCUGUGUCAUCCACAGAGACCUGGCUGCCCGAAAUUGUUUAGUAGGAGAGAAUCAAGUCAUCAAGGUGUCCGACUUCGGGAUGACAAGGUUUGUGCUGGAUGACCAGUACACCAGUUCCACGGGUACCAAAUUCCCCGUGAAGUGGGCCUCCCCGGAAGUCUUCUCGUUCAGUCGCUACAGCAGCAAGUCAGAUGUGUGGUCCUUCGGUGUGCUGAUGUGGGAAGUCUUCAGUGAAGGCAAAAUUCCAUAUGAAAACCGAAGCAACUCAGAGGUGGUGGAAGACAUCACUACUGGAUUUCGGUUAUACAAGCCCCGGCUGGCCUCCCCACAUAUUUACCAGGUCAUGAAUCAGUGCUGGAAAGAGAAACCAGAACACCGGCCACCUUUCUCCAGGCUCUUGACCCAGCUGGCCGAAAUGGCAGAAUCGGGACUUUAG